AUGCGGCCGCAGCUGUUCCGUGCGGCCGCCCGGUCUCUCCGGGUUCCUAAGGUCACCCCCAGGACCUUCGCGACGACAACCCCUCGCGCGGCCGAGGUGGAACUCACAAUUGAUGGCAAGAAGGUGUCAGUAGAAGUAUGUUUCUCCGGUCGAGUCAUGUAUAUUGCUGUUGCUAACACCAGUUACCCAAGAAAACUUUUGGUUGCAGGAAACUGUCGUAUGUGUCUCGUCGAAGUCGAACGUGCCCCGAAGCCGGUCGCCUCCUGUGCUUGGCCAGUACAACCCGGUAUGGUGGUGAAGACCAAUUCGCCGCUGGUCCACAAGGCCCGAGAGGGUGUCAUGGAAUUCCUUCUCGCCAACCACCCCCUCGACUGCCCCGUUUGCGACCAGGGAGGAGAGUGUGAUCUCCAAGACCAGUCAAUGCGUUACGGUGCCGAUCGCGGUCGUUUCCAUGAGGCUGGGGGAAAGCGUGCUGUGGAGGAUAAGAACAUUGGCCCCCUUGUCAAGACCUCAAUGAACCGUUGUAUCCACUGCACUCGCUGUGUCCGAUUCAUGAACGACGUCGCCGGUGCUCCGGAACUGGGAACCGCCGGUCGCGGAAAUGACAUGCAGAUUGGUACCUACCUUGAGCAGAACCUUAACUCAGAACUCUCAGGCAACGUCAUCGACCUUUGCCCCGUCGGUGCGCUGACCUCUAAGCCUUACGCUUUCCGCGCUCGUCCUUGGGAGCUCAAGCACACCGAAUCGAUCGAUGUCCUUGACGCACUUGGCUCAAACAUUCGCAUCGAUAGCAGAGGGCUGGAAGUUAUGCGAGUUGUCCCACGAUUGAACGACGAUAUCAACGAGGAAUGGAUCAACGACAAGUCGCGAUUCGCUUGCGAUGGAUUGAAGACUCAGCGUCUUACAACACCGCUUAUUCGCCGGGAGGGCAACUUCGUUCCUGCUACUUGGGAACAGGCUCUCAUGGAGAUCUCCUCUGCCCAACAGAAGCUGCAGCCUCAGGUCAAUGAAUUCAAAGCUAUUGCCGGACAUCUGGUUGACGCUGAGUCGCUCGUCGCCAUGAAGGAUUUGGCCAACAAGCUUGGCUCUGAUAACCUUGCCCUCGAUCAGCCCGGUGGCAGCGCUCCCAUCGCUCACGGCAUUGAUGUCCGCUCCAACUACUUGUUCAACUCCAAGAUCUACGGAAUCGAGGAGGCAGAUGCAAUCCUUUUGGUUGCGACAAACCCUCGUCACGAGGCUGCGGUUCUUAACGCCCGUAUCCGCAAGCAGUACCUCAGAUCUGAUCUCGAGAUUGGCCUUGUCGGUGAGGAGUUUGAGAGCACCUUUGACUUCAACCACCUCGGUACCGAUGUCUCUUCGCUGAAGAGCGCUUUGUCCGGAGAAUUUGGCAAGAAGCUUGCCGCUGCCCAGCGACCAAUGAUUGUUGUUGGCAGCGCUGCUGCCGAACACCCUGACGCAAAGGCAAUCUUUGAGGCUGUGGGUGGUUUCGUUGAGAAGCAUGCCAACAACUUCAUUACCCCUGAAUGGCAAGGUUAUAAUGUCCUUCAGCGCGCCGCCUCUCGUGCCGCUGCCUACGAGGUUGGUUUCACCGCUCCAUCUACAGAGGUUGCUCAGACCACCCCCAAGAUGUUGUGGUUGCUUGGUGCGGAUGAAGUCUCCCAGAGUGAGAUCCCCAAGGACGCCUUUGUUGUCUACCAGGGACACCACGGUGACCGCGGUGCUCAACUUGCCGAUGUCGUUCUUCCUGGUGCUGCUUACACCGAGAAGUCUGGCACAUACAUCAACACUGAAGGUCGUGUGCAGGUCACCCGUGCUGCCACUUCUCUCCCCGGUGCCGCCCGUGAUGACUGGAAGAUCAUCCGUGCGGUUAGUGAAUUCCUCGGUGCUCCUUUGCCUUAUGAUGAUAUUGAGGCUCUCCGUGAUCGUAUGGAGGAAAUCAGCCCUGUCAUGCGUCGAUACGACGUUGUCGAGCCUACUUCAGUUGGAUCAUUGAGCAAGGUCCAGCUUGUGGACCAAAACAGGGGGUCCCCAGCCACUGGCGCACCCUUUAAGAAGGUGAUUGAGGACUUCUUCUUCACUGACGCUAUUUCCAGAAGCUCACCCACCAUGGCCCGCGCCUCCGCUGCCAAGGCUACUGGAAACCCUGAGACCAACUUCAUGGCCGCAGGAGAAAUGUCUCCCCAGGCUUUGUACGGCUAG